AUGGCGACUGUCUCUUGUGUGACUGCCGGAUGUACGCCUCCUUGCAGACGUCAACAGACGUUUUAUGCUUGCAAAAACAGAGCUCUGAAAAACGUCAACUACACAACGAAAACUGUCGGUUCAAGAGUCAUCUGCGGAAGAGACUGCAGCGCAGAUCAGAAGUGCAGAUCUUUUAACUUCUACAAGGAUAAUUCCUUGUGUGAACUCAACAGGGCCACGAGAUAUGAGCACCCAGAUGCAUUCCUUGAACAUGAAGGCAGUGAGUACUUUGGCCCACGUGAAUGCACGGCAAUGCUCCCAUGUCCUCAAUUCCGACGAAAUUGCCAAACUCUUACUAAGGCGGGCUUCAACUCCAGCGGUGUUUAUACGAUCUACCCAGAUGGCUGGUGCGAUGGUUUACAGGUCUACUGCGACAUGGAAACUGACGGCGGGGGAUGGAUCGUCUUUCAGAGGCGACAAGAUGGCAGUGUGGACUUCUACCUUAACUGGGCCGAGUACCAGUCUGGCUUUGGCGAUCUGUCCGGUGAGUUCUGGCUCGGAAAUGACAACUUGGCCAAACUUACCGCUGACGGUUGUCAGGGAAAGUGGGAGCUACGGGUUGAUCUGGAGGACUGGAAUGGAAGCACGGCUUGGGCUUAG